AUGCUUCCCUUCAACACGAUCAACUUCACCGACAACCUGCUCUACUCUCCCAUGGCCGACAUACUAGUCCUCGGAGCCAAUGGCUAUUCGGGUCGUCUGAUUGCCAAAUACCUCCUCGAACACCCACAACGUAACACGUUCAGACUCGCGCUCGCGGCUCGGUCCCGAAGUAAAUUAGAGGCCGCCAAGCUUCCGCUCGAUAGCUCCGUCGAGUUGUGGGAAGUUGAUCUCGCGAAUGAAGCUGCUCUGGAAGAAACCAUUGGCAAGGUGUCUGUGGUUGUCAACUGUAUUGGGCCGUACUGGAGGACUGGCACUCCGAUCGUGAGAGCUUGUGUAAGGCAAGGAAAGCACUACGUUGACAUAUGUGGCGAGACUCACUGGAUAUACGACAUCAUUCGGCUCUUCGACUUCCAUGCAACACGCACCCGAUCCAUCAUUGUGCCCUCAUGCGGCUUUGACUCUGCGCCCUCCGAUGCACUCGUGUACAUAACAAAUCGGACGCUGAAGGCGAAAUUUCCCUACGCGCAGAUCAUAGACUCUGUGACCGCGGUUGACAUGAACACUGGUGGUGCAGGGGCCGGUACACUUCAGACCGUACUCUCCACAUUUGGCGAGGUUCCGCGAAGUGUUUUAGAGCUCAGUAGUCAAGCUUAUGCUCUGAGUCCUGUCCAUGGAGGCAAAGCCUAUCCAGCCUUCAACCUACUGUAUACGCUCCCAAAACCGUUCAGCCAUGUCACUGGCUCGUACUCGCUUUUGGGUGGGAUCAACAGGGCAAUCGUCGAACGAACUUUCGGGAUCUUCGAGCUCGACAAGUCCAGUACACCUAAGCAAUCAUACGGACCACGGUUCCGUUACGACGAAUUCCUCGUUAGGAAGGGCUACGUCAAUGCCUUCCUUGCCAGUAUGGUGAUUGCCUUCAGCCUCUUUGCAUUGGUCUUCUUUGCGCCGGCACGCUGGCUGUUCAGGAUCCUCAUACCGAGCUCGGGAAAUGGGCCUUCAGAAGCCAAACUCAAGGCAGGGUACUUGACCAUGACAAAUGUCUCCACGGCAACUACAGGAUCAGAAAUGAAACAGCGGGCACGCGUGAAGAGCGAACUCAGAAGCAAUACAUCGCCAUUGUAUCUCACUUCCAUCAUCGCAGGCGAGGCCGCACUAUCGUUAUUGGACCCAUCCCAACUCCCAGAGCUUGCUCGGAAGGGCGGCCUCCUUACGCCUAUGACGGCCUUUGGUGGCGUAUUGCUUGAGCGUCUGGAGACGAGUGGUCACUGCGCGUUAUCCGCAGAGAUGCUUGACUACAACGGUUGCAGUUGGGAUGAUUGA